UAAGGCAACCUCCAUUAGAAAAACAACUCCCGUCAAAGAAGCAACUUCCGUUAAGACACCAGCUUCUAUUAGAAAAGCAGCUCCUGUUAGGAAAGCAGCUCCUGUUAGAAAAGCAGUUCCUUCCGAAACAAAUGACAAAGAACAAAGAAUUGAAAACGUAAUUGAAGAAAUUAUGGAUGAGGAAGAGGAUGAUUUAAGAGAGGAUAAUUUAGGAGAAGAUGGUUUAAAAGAAGAUGGUUUAAGGGAGGAUGUUUUAAGUGAGCAUGGUUUAAGAGAAGAUGUUUUAAGUAAGCAUGGUUUAAGAGAGGAUAAUUUAGGAGAGGAUAAUUUAAGGGAGGAUUAUUUAAGAGAUGAUGAUUUAGAAGAAGAUAAUAGUUAUGCAGUGGUAUCAGAAAGAAUUUUACAAUUGCACCUAAAUGCUACCGACUUGCCAGAAUUAAAUAAACAACCAGAAAUAGGUAUAAAGCUUGGAGCCUUUGUGCAUCAAACAGUUAGAAAUGUUAUAAUUGCAAAGCAACGCGAUCAAGAUACUAGGAAAGUGAUUAGGAAGUGUGAUGAGAUCACUUUAGAUUUAAAAAUUCCAACUAAAUAUGGAAUAAUGAAAGAUUUUCCAGUAAGAGAGUUUUUAAGUUUAUAA